AUGUCCCGCUACGACGACGACGGUCCCCGUCGACAGCGCAGCAACAAAGAGCGUUCGCGGAGAGAUGACUACGAAGAUACCGUCUAUGACCAGAACUCCCGAGAUACUCGCGUGGUCAGACGACGUGACGAUUCGGUUUCCUCCGUUGAAGAAGUUGCCCGAGAUUUUGCUCCAGGUGAUCGUGGCGGUGCUUACUAUCGCGAAACUACCGUGCGCAAAAGUGGUCAUCGCCCCAUUCGUACUAGAUCUAGUGAUGAUUUCUAUGACGACCGCUACGAUGACCGUUCUUAUGCCACUUCUCGGAGAAGGGACGAUGACUAUACGGUAGUCUCCAAGUACAAACGUCGCGACGACGACGACAGAAGCCAGAGGAGCCGCCACCAUAGACGCCGUGAUUCUUACUCCGACUAUUCCUCCCGCAGCCGCAGCCGCACGCCACCCAGAAAAGACAAAGAGCGUCGGAAGUCCACCACUGAGGAGCUUUUGGGUUCUCUCGGCUUAGGUGGAUUGGCUGGUGCUGUCUUGGGCAAAAAGUCAGACAAAAACCGCUCCAGAUCUCGCUCCAGUGAGCGCAGCAAACGGAGUCGAAGUCGUGGUGGCGGUCGACGUAGAUCCUCUUCUGAUGGUUCGCGAUCCAAGAGCAAGAGCCGAGGCCCCAACAAAGCCCAGGUCUCUCAAGCCAUCAAGGCCGCCGUCCUAGCUGGAGCUGGUGAAGCUUUCCGCGCCCGAGGAGAAAAAGGCGGCUGGGGUGGUGAGAAGGGCAAACGAAUCUUGACUGCCGCUCUUGCUGCUGGAGGUGUCGAUGGUUUGAUUUCCAAUAGUCGCGAUCCAGAUCACCAUAAGAAACGAGACAUUGUCGGCUCCGCUCUGGCUGGUAUGGCUGCUAACCGCGUCAUCAACGGCCCCCGAUCCAAGUCCCGCGGUCGAGAAGGCAGCCCAGACUCUCGUGGUCGCAGCCAGUCUCGUGGUGGCAUUCGUGAUCUUGCUGCUGGCGGGGUUGUUGCUGCUACCGCAAAGAAGGUCUAUGACUCGGUUCGCUCGCGGUCUCGAGGAGGGGAACGGGGACGCGCUCGCUCUCGCAGCUCUUCAUAUGACAGCCGUUAUGAUCGCAGCCCACCAAAGCGCUCCCGAAGCCAAAGUGUCGGAGCUUUUGCUGCCAAAGGCCUGGCAGCAAUAGGUCUCAAGGAUGCCGCCGACAAGAUUGAUCCCGAACGUCGUCGAUCGAAGCAGCGGCACAGCUACGAUGAUGACUACUAUGAUGAUCGGUCCAGUCGGAAUGGAGGAUAUGGAAACAAUGAUUCUGGAAAUGUAGGUACCAUUCAACCCCAUCAUCACGAUCAGCCCUAUGGCGGUCCACGUGCUAUGAGCUUGCCCCGAGCGCCGCCUCCUGGCUACGAGCUUGAUUAUGGACCCCGUCAUACCGGUGAUCCGGACACAGACUCCGAUUCUGACCUAGGCUCCAGUACCGACGAUGAAAAGCAACUGAAGAAGAGUCGCAAGAAGGUCCUGCUCACAGGCGGCCUUGCGACUGUGGCGACCAUUCACGCGGCUCAUAGUGUGUAUGGCAGCAUGGUGAAGAGAGAAGAGAGGCGGAAAGCGCUGAAAGAGGGUGACAUUAGUAAGGAGCAAGCCAAGAAGGAGAAGAACAAGAAUCGAAUGCAAGAUGUCGCUAGCAUUGGCAUUGCUGCCCUUGGUAUCAAAGGCGCUUACAGUGAAUGGUCUGAAACUCGUAACCAAUCUAAAGAAGUGGAUGAAACGAAGGAGAAGCGACAGAGACAUGCGGAAAAGCGAGAAGCUCGACGAAGAAAGGCGAGCAUGGUUGGUGCACACGAUUACGGCGACACUGAUUUUACGAACAGCAUGCCCAACCUUACAACCUUGUCACCCGAUCCUUACUAUGGUCCGGUUUAUGGACAGCCUUACAGCACAGGAGGCUCGUUUGUGUAUUCGGACGACAAUCCAUAUGGGGCUUUAACACAACCGCAGAAUUAUGCUCCCUCGCCGCCACCUACUCAUCCCCCUGGCAGCUCUGCAUAUUACCCAGCUCCAGGUGUCCCUCGAGCAGAGACCCGUUGA